UGGAAUAUGAGUGAAGUAGAAGCGAAUUGGAGUUAGUUUUAUUGUUUUUGUUGCAUUGAAGUUCGACAAUUCAUUUGACUGAGCAUCGAGAAAAGAGAAAAUAAUUGGGAAAUUUCCGGAAAAUGUUGUCAUUGAGACGCUUGCAAAGAUUUCAAUGGCGUCCAUUGGUGCGUCUCUGUUCGGCCGAGUUAGUACACAAAGAUACAUUCAUAGAGAAACUGCGGAACAGCUAUAUUGAGGAUGAGCGGAACAAUUUUGUGGUGCCGACGUUCAAGAAGGCGAUGCUCUUUCCAGAUGAGAUUGCAAUUAAGGACUUGAAUGGAGAAUUUACAUACUUUCAGCUUUACAUAACAGCCAAAAAGCUGGCCAUUCAAAUAUCCAACUUUUGUGGCAGUGCCUCGCAGUCAAACGUCGCUUUCUUGUGCUCCACUAAUGCGCUGUGGAUUGUUAUCCAGUGGGGCUGCUGGAUUUCAGGCCAGGUGGCUGUGCCCCUGGAGCCAAAUCAAGCGGCAGAUGAGCUGCUCAGCCAGGCCACCGAUUGCAAGGCGAAGUUACUGAUUGGCACACCCGAGUGUGAGAACAUCACCCAGGAGCUGGCCACGAAACUGCAGACGGCCAGCAUUGUGCUGGACCACAGCUUUGUGCCCACGCCGGAGAGCGUCGCCUCCACGGCCAUGUAUGCCAAGCAGCUGGUGGGCCUGAACGGGGCCCUUAUACCGGAGAGCACGUUGCCCAACGACUAUUAUGCCAACGCGCCGGCCAUGCUGAUCUACACGCCCAGCUCCUCGAACAGUCGGAACGGCGUGGUGCUCACCCAUCGGAAUAUCGAGGCGCAGAUGCGCUGCCUCGUCUCCAGCUGGCAUCUGAAGGCCACCGACUCGAUGCUGCCGCUCAUUUCGAUGAAUCGCAUGCAUGCGGCCAUUGGAGCUCUGCUCGGUGUGGGUGGCAACAUAUUGCUGCAGCAGAAAUUCGACAGCCAUACCGCUUGGAGCUCCCUGCUGGGCAUCAACAGCCCGUCGAAGCAGCGCGUGAAUAUCUUCCUGGCCAUGCCCAUCAUUUACAAACGCCUCAUUGCUGAAUAUGACAAAAUGUUCGCCCAGGACUCGCGCAUGGUAGAGUACAUAAUCAACCACUGCAAGCAGAAGAUUCGGCUGAUGGCCACUGCAUUCGGGCUGCUGCCGGAGUCUGUAUUCUAUCGUUGGCGCGAGAUAACCGGGCAGAAUAUUUACGAGUACUACGGGAUGCUGGAGACGGGCCUGGUGCUAGGUCCCGCCCUCGACGAGCAGUCGCCCAACAGCAAUGCGGACUACCGUCCGGGCACCUUGGGCGCACCACUGAUCGGGGUCACCGCCCGCCUGGUGAACAACCAAGGUGAUCAGCUGGUGAGCUGCAAGAGCGAGUCCAGCAUGGAGAGCAACGCCAGCUCGGAUGAGAAGACCAAUAGCAUGCCAGUGCUGAAUACGGUUGUCGGCGAACUGGAGAUAGCUGGCGCGAAUCUAUUCCCCCGAAAGAUCAACACAAUUCUGCAGAUAACCCCUGUGAAGGUAGGAACGACCGCAACGGUUGACCAGGUCGCGCCGAUGGAGCAGACCGCCGAGAAGUUUCUGAAAACCGGUGACAUUUGCGCCUAUCGCAACGGCAGCUUCAACUUCCUAAGCAAAUCGACGGACGUAUUCAAUGUAGGUGGAUACAAGGUCUACGGAUCCGAGAUCAAAAAGGCUCUCAUUUCACAUCCGAGCAUCAACGAUGUUGCCGUUUUGGGCAUACCCAAUAAACUGUGGGGACAUCGUCUGGGCGUCAUUUGCAUCUUGUCGCCCGAUGCCGAUGUCGAUCUGGAAACAAUCAAGUCCUAUUGCUAUAGACAGCUGCCAGCCCAUAAGCGUCCCACUGUCUUUAAAACGAUCGUUGCCAAGUAAUCAAGCAAUCAAUCUAGUAAUCUAUUAGCUCAACAUCCUCUCUUGUACGAUCGUACAACAUGACAAAAAUUUUCGUGUCCUUUAUUUUAAUUGUUCAAAGAUAAAGAGAAACCUCUAUUCCUUUUACAGAUGAUUGCAACCGAGAAAUUCAUCAAAUGCAGUACUACAUACACAAGCUCAAUCAAUUUUAGAAUAUUGAUAACCUUUAGCUAACUGUUAUAGAAUACCGGCAAAUUAUUAAUCAAUCUGCAAUCAUCAAAAUCUUGGUGCAACCU